UUAAGAUUGAAUGAAUAAAUGAACAAACACACACAUGCAUGCAUGUGUGUGUGUUAUCAACCACACCCUAACUGUAUACAGUAUCCAUCAAUCCAUAUGGAAAUCUAAAUCCAUUUGUGAUGAAGAAGUGGCAUAGUGUGUGCAUUUGUUAGAAUCAUCAUUAUCAACAUCAUCGACCCGGUUAUGUUGAUGAUGAUGAUGAUGAAAUGUUGAUCAUCAUUUUCAACAACACCGACAACGUGUUUUUUAUUUCUUCAUUUUUUUCUAUGAAUCUUCAUCAUCAUCGUCUUUAUGUGAUAUAAAUCAUUGUCUAUCCACCCAUCACCAGUAAAAAAAAAAAUGGCUACUAUGGGAAUGGGAAGAAUAUUCUUUACAUCAUCGACAAUUAUUACAAUAAUAAUGAUGAUGAUGAUAAUCCAACAAAGCCAUCAAGAAUAUUUUACAGCAUUAGUACAUUUAGAAAAAUUAUUAAAAACUGAACAACAUAUUGUUGAAAGUUUAAAUAAUUAUUUGGAUAAUGAAGAAAAACGUUUAGCAUCAUUACGACAAUUAGCACAUCAUUAUAAUCAUCUCAAUAUGGUUGCCAAUCAAGAUGUGCAAACAUAUUUAUCCAAUCCAGUUAAUGCCUAUCUAUUGGUGAAACGUUUGACAACCGAUUGGAAUCUUGUCGAAUAUCUAAUAGACGCUGAUCGUAAAGAUUUAAUUCAUUUAUUGACAGAAAAUGAAACAUUUCCAUCAGCUGAAGAUUUAUCUGGUGCUGCUGAAGCAUUGCUUCGUUUACAGGAUACAUAUAAAUUGGAUACAACAAUGUUAGCCGAUGGUGUGAUACCUGCAAUAAAAAAUCAACAUCCAAUCGAUUAUUAUGAUGAUCUCAAUAAUAAACAUAAAAUAAUCGAUGAGAAUGAUGUGAAUUCGGCCAUUGAUUCGGCAACGAAAUUAACAAUGCCAUUAACAGCGAAUGAUUGCUAUGAACUUGGUAGACAAGCAUAUCAUCAAAAAGAUUAUCAUCAUACUGUUUUAUGGAUGAAAGAAGCAUUACGACGUUUGAAUGAUGAAUAUAAUGAAUCACCAUCUAUGGCGAAUAAAUUACGUUAUGAUCGUGUCAACAUUCUUGAACAUUUAGCAUUUGCAUCCUAUCAACUUGGUUCAUUACAAGAAGCAUAUGAAUAUACUGUCGAUUUAUUGGAUAUAAAUCCAAAUCAUGAACGUGCACGUGGUAAUCUAGAAUUUUUCAAUAAUGAACUAAACAUUAGUAAUCGUUUACGGCGUAUACGUAAAGGCGAUACUAAUGAUCCGGAUGUGCCGGAUGAAAAUUCCAUUAGUGAAUCAACAUGGCCAUUAGAAGAGAAUGAACGUGAUAUAUAUGAAGCAUUGUGUCGUGGUGAAAAUCGUUUACAUGAAUCAAUUCGUUCCAAAUUGAAAUGUUAUUAUCUGGAUACAAGUAAAUUGUUGGAUAAAUUUGUUCGUUUAUGGCGUAUAAAAGUGGAAGAAGCAUAUAAACGGCCAAAUAUUGUUCUUUUUAUUGAUUUUAUGUCCGAUGAUGAAAUCGAAGUGGUCAAACGAUUAGCCGAACCAAUGUUAAAACGUGCUACUGUACAGAAUUAUUUUACCGGAAAAUUAGAAACAGCCAAAUAUCGUAUUUCAAAAUCAGCAUGGUUAACUAAUCGUGAUCAUGAAAUUGUUUAUCGUAUUUCACGUCGUAUUGAAGCAAUUACUGGACUAGAAAUGGACACGGCCGAAGAACUACAAGUAGUCAAUUAUGGUAUUGGUGGUCAUUAUGAACCACAUUAUGAUUUUGCACGUAGAGAAGAACCUCGAGCAUUCGAUUCAUUGGGAACAGGUAAUCGAAUUGCAACAUGGCUAAAUUAUAUGAGCAACGUACAGGCUGGUGGUGCUACCGUAUUUCCACAUUUAGGCGUUCAAUUAUGGCCACGAAAAAAUGCUGCUGCAUUCUGGUAUAAUCUUUAUAAAUCUGGUGAUGGUGAUCUACUCACUAGACAUGCUGCAUGUCCUGUAUUGGUUGGUUCAAAAUGGGUAUCCAAUAAAUGGAUACAUGAAGUUGGCCAAGAAUUUCGAAAACCAUGUGGCCUUUGGCAAAAUGAAUUGAAUAUUGUACAACACAUCGAUUAGAAAUUCAUUCAAUCAAUCAUCAAUAACAACAACACGUAUGUAUGCAAAUGGAUGGAUGGAUAGAAAUGACAUUCAAAUCCUCAAGGGAAUAUCCACUUUGUUUAAUUAAUUUGAUCCGGAUUUUAUCAUCUAUCAUCAUCGCGCCUACACAUAUCGCCAUUUACCCUGUAGUUAGUGCCGAUGAUACCAUCCAUUUGUGGAUCAAUGUAUCUAGUCUUUUUUUUGCAUAUAUAUAAAAUAAUCGAAAAUUUCUCAAAAAGACGUAACCAACGAGUUGGUCCGUAACUCUAAUGUUUGUACCGUCUAUAAAAAAAAAUCCAAUUAAAAAUUACAGUUACAAAUACA